CUUGCUCGUGGUCCCUCUAUGUACACCCCAGACAAAAUUAGUCAAUCUUUUCUUAACAGAUAAAGCUACAAAACAGUUUUUUUCUUUCUCAGUUGAGUUAGUUGCGAUGAUCGGAACGGUGCUAUCAAUUUUUUGGUCCCAUUGGACAUUGUUUUUAGGUGUUUCACUUUUCAUUGCCUAUAAAUGGCUAACGUCCCCCUACGACUUCUUCGAGAAGAAAAAUGUGAUAUGUGAAAAGCCAGUAAUUUUCUUCGAGAAUUUCAAAAGUUUGAUAUUUAGACAGGAAUCGAUGUUUGAUAUGUUCAAGCGGUUCUACAUGAAAUUUAAGAAGUACAAAUACUAUGGGAUGUUCGAAAUACGCAGCCCAGCCCUCAAUAUCGCCAGUCCAGAAAUUAUUAAACAAAUUACUGUCAAGGACUUCGAUUCCUUUCUUAAUCACCGACCUGUCUUCGACCCUGAAGAUGAACCCCUUUUCGGAAAUACUCUAUUCGCUUUGAAGGAUCAAAAAUGGAAAGAUAUGAGAGCCACCCUCAGUCCUGCUUUCACAGGCAGCAAGAUGCGUCUAAUGUUUCAAUUGAUGGAUGAAUGUGGUCACAACGCUAUGAAAUUUUUAAAGUCAGAAGCAAAAGGAAAAGGACAGAUAGAAAUGGAGUUGAAGGACCUUUUCACAAGAUUCACAAACGACGUAAUAGCAACAUGCGCCUUCGGGCUUCAAAUAAAUUCCUUACUUGAAAAGGACAAUCGAUUUUAUCAUAUGUCGAGAAAGGCUACGAAUGUAUCAGGGUUUGCAGCCCUCAGAUUUUUCUUGCUUACAAAUUUUCAUCAGAUAACGAAGCUUUUCAAAAUUAAGUUUUUCGAUGAGAAAUUCUCGAAUUACUUCUACAGUCUCGUUUUGGAUACGAUGCAAGAAAGAGCCGCGAAAGGAAUCUUCCGCCCAGAUAUGAUCCAGCUUCUCAUGGAAGCUCGUAAGGGAACUCUGCAAGCAUCCGAUGUCGACAAACCAGACAUUGACGAAGGUUUUGCCACUGCUCAAGAAUUUAGUACCGGUCAGAAGCCGGUGAACCGCUUCUGGACAAACGACGAAGUAGUCGCCCAAUGCUUUGUAUUCUUCGGUGCAGGCUUCGAGACCUCAUCCGCCCUAAUGGGCUUCUGUGCUCACGAGCUAAUGCAGAAUCCCGACGUUCAGCAAAAACUCAUUGAAGAAAUCGAUCAAGUUCGUAAAGAAUUAGGAGAUGAACCUCUAACAUAUGAAGUUCUUCAACGGAUGCAGUACAUGGAUAUGGUUAUAUCAGAAACACUGAGGAAAUGGCCUCCCGCAAUAGCCACGGAUCGGGUUUGCAAUAAGCCUUAUGUGAUAGAUAGGGAAAGUGGCGACGGUGUCAAAUUGAAUCCAGGAGAUGUCAUUUCAAUACCCAUUGUUGGUCUCCACUAUGACCCAGAGUAUUUCCCCAACCCUGAUAAAUUCGACCCUGAGCGAUUUAGUCCGGAAAAUAAAACCCAAAUACAGCCAUUCACUUAUAUGCCAUUUGGAGUUGGUCCAAGAAACUGCAUCGGUUCUAGAUUUGCUUUAAUGGAAACCAAAGUUGUUAUCUUCCAUUUGCUGUCUGAGUUUACUUUUGAAGCUUCCCCGCGGACCUGCAUUCCAAUAACCAUGGAUAAAACUAGUUUUCAGCUCAAGCCAGCAGGUGGAUUUUGGAUAAACUUCAAACCUAGAAGAGAAGAAAGUUUACUGUAAUUUACUA